CACUGGUGCAGUGACCCUGUAACAACAUAUUGGUUGCAAACUACGAGAAACUCAAUUAUCUUGUGUAGUGCAGGAAAAGUCAAUGAAAUCUUGCUCAGCAGCCAUGGCUGGUGUGUUUCUCCUUGUGUAUAUCUCCAUGAAUUUAUUCCUUAAAUGUCAAGGUCAAAAGAUUAAUCAAGCUAAGAUUUUCAGUGAAACUACAGAAGUACCAGAAGGUGGUAGACUGGAAGUUACCUGCAGCACAUUUGGUUUUACAGGAAAGGCAGUUUAUUUGUAUCUGUGUAAAAAUGGUAAAGCUAUUGAUAUGUUAAACGGACCCACUCGACAAGACACCAACUUUAAAAUAGAGAGAAUAGAAAUGAACCAUUCAGGCAACUACAGCUGUGUGUUUUCAGAAGAGCUGUUGAAAAUAAACAAAGUGAUGGGAUAUGGUUAUAAUUACAUCUUCAUAAAUGUGACUGAAUCUUUUAUUAAUACACAGAUAUAUUUGCUUAAGUCUGAGGUGUCAGUGGGAAGUGAUGCUGAAUUCAACUGUACAACAUCCAAUCCUUUAAACAACAAACAGUCCAGGAACAUGAUCUUGGUUUAUCUAAUCAAAAAUGGAAAGCCUAUUAAAGUUAAUAUUUGGGACACAGAGAAGAUGAUGACAACAUUCACCCUCAGAGAAGUCCAGAUGGAAGAUGCUGGGACAUACACUUGUGUUCUAUUGUUAAACAUACUCCCUUACCAUGGAAUGAAACUUCGUCAAAAUAUUAAAGUUGAUCUUCAGAUAAUUGCACUGCUACUUAGUCUGUUUCUGGGAAUCUGGGCACUGAUCCGAAAACGAGGUAGUAUUUUCUCAAAAUCUAAAAAUACUGACACAUUUCACCUUCUUGAGUUAUUCUGUUUAAAUUCCAGUUUUUAUUUCUUUCUAAUAGGAUGCCUGGGAAUCCAGAAUGAAAGGUUGGUUUGAGAAGUUAUGAGAAACUAAAGUAAAUAAGAAAUUAAAAUAUACCAGAUAUAGAUUUAGGACAAUUCUGAUGCAAUCUUAAUGAGACAAAAUUAAACAGAGCUCAGAGGAACAGAAACAUUUUAUAAAGGUAUUCAUUUUAUGGUUCUUGUUUCUUGUUGGAUUAUUUUC